GCGGUGCACGCCGGGACGCGCGGCCAUGUUCCGCUGCUAUGGCGCUGGGCCCGGGUUGAGUGGUCGCCCCUCUCGUGAGGAAACUUUUUCGCGGCGAUUUUUCGUCGUAAAACAUUUAAUUGCCGGGCACCCAGCUCGCCCCUCCACGUUAUAUUGUCACGGACGCAGCAAAGAGCAAAGUUCGCGGGAGAUUGUGUUCUUAUAAAGCGACGAGAAAAGUUGCCGGCGUUGUUGCGCGUCCUCGGCGUCUGUUUGGUAAUAACAGCAGCAGGACUUGCUCUCUGAGUAAGUUGAGACAUUGGCGGAGGUUUGAUUUGACGGGCGUCUCCGCCAUGUCGAUAGAGAGGAUGGAGGAGCGGUGCCGAGUGCUGCAGGGGCUGAUCCUGAACCGACGUUCCGAGCUCCACGCGGAGUGUCUGCUGGAUGGACUCUAUGCGCUCGUGCUUGAUUUGGACUUUCCAGCACUCCGAAAGAAUAAGAAUGUGGAGAGUUUCUUGCAACGAUAUGGGGAGGCAGUGGGGAAAGUGCGAGACCUCCGAAUGCGGGCUGAUGACUAUGACUCUGUGAAGGUGAUUGGGAGAGGCGCGUUCGGGGAGGUACAGCUGGUGCGUCACAAGGUGACUAAGAGUGUGUAUGCCAUGAAGCUGCUCAAUAAACUAGAGAUGAUCAAGCGCUCUGACUCAGCCUUCUUCUGGGAAGAGAGGGACAUUAUGGCUUUUGCAAACAGUCCCUGGAUUGUGCAGCUCUUCUACUCGUUUCAAGACGAUCGCUACCUGUACAUGGUGAUGGAGUACAUGCCAGGUGGGGACCUCGUCAACCUGAUGAGCAACUACGAUGUCCCCGAAAAGUGGGCUCGAUUCUACACAGCUGAGGUGGUGCUGGCCGUCGAAGCCAUCCACACCAUGGGUUACAUCCACCGAGAUGUGAAGCCAGACAACAUGCUGUUGGAUAAGUCUGGUCACCUCAAGCUGGCAGACUUCGGCACGUGUAUGAAGUUAAACAAAGACGGCAUGGUGCGCUGUGAUACCGCGGUUGGCACGCCGGACUAUAUCUCGCCCGAGGUGCUCCGCUCACAGGGCGGUCAGGGCUACUACGGCCGCGAGUGUGAUUGGUGGUCUGUUGGCGUGUUCCUCUUUGAAAUGCUCGUUGGCGACACCCCAUUCUAUGCAGAAUCGCUGGUCGGCACCUACGGAAAAAUCAUGGAUCACAAAAAGUCGCUCACAUUUCCCGUGGACCUCGACGUCUCAAAGAACGCUAAGAGCCUAAUUUGCGCCUUCCUGACAGAGAGGGAUGUGCGGCUGGGCAAGAAUGGCUUUGCGGAGAUAAAGUGUCAUGAUUUUUUCAAGAAUGACCAGUGGACUUGGGAGAACAUCCGCGAGACGUCUGCUCCCGUGGUACCGGAGCUAUCAUCUGACACAGACACGAGCAACUUUGAUGAGAUCGAGAAUGACAAGAGCGCGGAUGAGACCUUCCCACAGCCUAAAGCCUUUGUGGGGAACCAGCUGCCAUUUGUUGGCUUCACGUACUACAAAGAUCACCAAUUGCUAAGUGGAGUGUCUGCUGUGGUGGGAAACAAUGAGGAGCCUUUGAAAAGUUCUCAGGAUGGCAGUUCAAUGGCAGACAAAAUGAAAAUAGAGAUGCUGGAGAGGCAGAUGAAGAAUGCUGUACAGAUAAAGGAUGAAGCCGAACAAAAAUGCAGGAAUGCAAACUCUCGGCUGGAGAAGUUGUUGAAAGAUCUGGAAGAAGAGUGCGUGUCGCGCAAGAAUCUUGAAGCGCAACUGAGACAGAUGGAGCGAGACAAGGCACUGGUGCAGCACAAGAUGGUAGAGCAGCAGCGUCGGGCCGAUGCAGAGAGCGAUAAGAAGAGGCAUCUUGACGGAGAAGUAAAUAGCCUAAAAGAGCAGCUGGAGGAGCUUAAGAAAAAGAAUCAAAAUUCACAAGUCUCAAAUGAAAAAGUCACCUUAUUACAAAAACAGCUUGAUGACAGCCUGGAGGAGCUUCGCUCGGAGCGGGAGGCGUGCAGCCGGGCCAAAAAGGUGCAGGCGGAGGGGGCACGUGCCCUGGCCGCCCUGGAGGACGCCGACCGCGAGCUGGGCGAGCACGUGCGCAAGCUGGAAGGAGAGAAGCUGGCACUGGAAAAAGAGCUCAUCGGCCUGCAGUCGGCACUUGACUCGGAGCGCAGGGACCACACGCAGGGCUCGGAGCUCAUUUCCGACCUACAGAGCCGACUGUCCUCGCAGCAGGAGAAGCUGAAGGAGCUCCGGAGCAGCCUGUCGAGGGCAGAAGUUGAGCGUGGACAGCUGCAAGACAAGCUGUCCUGCAUUGAGAAGGAGAAGAGCAGCAUUGAGAUUGACCUCAACUUCAAGCUGAAAACAGUUCAACAGCUCCUUGAGCAGGAGACACGCGAGCACCGGGAGGCAAAGGCUCGCCUCGCCGAUCGCAGCAGUCUUGAAACGGCCGAGGAGGCGCACUCCCAGGCCAUCAGCGAGCUGGAGAGCAAACUGGUGGAGGAGAAGGCAAGCAAGCAGAGAUUGGAAGCAGGACAAGUGGAGGCUGAGAAGCGCUGCUCUAUGUUGGAGCUGGACCUGAAGCAGUCAAAACACAACACUGACAUGCUCCUCAAGCAGAAGGAGCGCCUGGAUGAAGAGGUGAGAAACCUGGUACUCAAGCUGGAACAGGAGACCCAGAAGAGGCAGCUGGCUCUUAACGACAUGAAGGCACAGUCGCAGCAGCUGAGCGUUGUGCGUGCCUCUGAGAAACAGCUCAAACAGGAGAUCAACCUGCUCCUGGCAGAGAAGACGGCCCUGGAGAAGCAACUCGCAGACCUCAGAAAGUGGCGACUUGACACGGAAGGGCAGAUGAGAGAACUGCAGGAUCAGCUGGAGACAGAGCAGUACUUCACGACGUUGUACAAAACACAGGCUCGGGAGCUGAAAGAUGAUUGUGAAGAAAAGACAAAGUUUAACAAGGAGUUCAAACAGAAAGUACAUGAGCUGGAGGAUGAAAGGGAUUCGCUGGCGGCACAGUUAGAGUUUGUGGCAAGCAAGGUGGACUCGGAGCAAUCGGCACGCUCCCAUGCAGAAGAGCAGUUCUCCAACAUCGAGCAGGAGAAGAUCAUGAAGGAGCUGGAGAUCAAGGAGGUGGCGCAGCGAUACAAGCAGGAGCUUAUACAGAAAGAACGCCUCAUUACAGAUUUGGAGGACAGUAAGAAGGCUCUCCUGGAACAAGUAACCACGUUGCACAGCGAAAAAGAUGAAAUCAACACCAGGCUACAGACAGCAAUGGAAAAUAUCCAAACGCUUAAGGAAGGUGGCACAGACAUUGCCUACAUUAAGGCUCAGUAUGAUAAGCAGCUGCAGACUGAGAGGACGCUGAAAACACAGGCGGUCAACAAGCUUGCGGAGAUUAUGAACCGCAAGGACAUCCACAUUGACCGCAAUCGCAGCAGUGGCACAGACCUGAAGCGACGGGAGAAGGAGAACCGCAAGCUGCAACUGGUGCUCAACCAGGAAAAGGAGAAGUUCUCCCAGAUGACCCUCAAGUACCAGCGCGAUUUCAACGAGUUGCAGGCACUAAUGAUGGAGGAGAACACAACGCGCAUCGAGUUGCAGAUGGUGCUGGACAGCAAGGACAGUGACAUAGAGCAGCUGAGGUCGCAGCUCCUCUCCGUCCAGCUGGGCAUGGACACUACCAGCCUCAGCAGUAACCAUGGCGACUCGGAGCCAGACGAUGGUUUCCCCGUCCGCAUAUCUCAUGUACGUACUUCGGAGUCGAUGUCCUUCUCCUAUCAACACUCCACCUCCUCCAUGAGCAUUUCCACAAAACCCUGCUGCUCUGCGGAUUCCGAUGUGUUCCCUGAUUCCCCCGUGGGGACACCCAACAUCCCAGAGUAUUUUGUGGAGGAGCCACCUGAGCCCGACUCUCCUAAAGAAGGCAGGCUGGAGGGCUGGUUAUUCGUGCCAAACAAGAACAUGAAACGGUUUGGAUGGAGGAAACAGUAUGUCGUGGUGAGCAGUAAGAAGAUUCUCUUCUACAAUGCUGAAGCGGACAAGGAACACUCCAACCCCUGCAUGGUCCUCGACAUUGACAAGCUGUUUCAUGUGCGACCUGUGACACAAGGGGAUGCAUACAGGGCAGAAGCUAAGGACAUCCCCAAGAUAUUCCAGAUCCUCUAUGCCAACGAAGGCGAGAGCAGCAAGGAUCAAGAGCUGGUGCCAGACUCGAUGCUGGAGAAGCAGAACUGCCUGGUGCACAAGGGUCACGAGCUGGUGCCGACCAUCUACCAUUUCCCCACCAGCUGCGAGGCGUGCAACCGCCCCCUCUGGAAUGUCUUCAAGCCGCCGGCCGCCCUCGAGUGCCGCCGAUGCCACAUCAAGUGCCACCGGGACCACUUUGAUCGCAACGAGGACUUCCUGGCGCCAUGCAAACUCUGCUUCGACGUUGCAUCAGCCAAGAACUUACUGCUGCUGGCCAGCUCCCCAGCUGAGCAGCAGAAGUGGGUGAGCCACCUGUUCAAGCGCAUCCCCAAGAAGCCGCCCGGUGUCACCGACGCGGGGCCGUUAGGGUUCGCUCGCUCUUCCCCACGCUCCUCGUCGCGCUUGCCGCCUGCCACCGCACAGCCCCAGUUGGUGUCGGCAAACGCCGGCAGCAGCAGCAGCAGCAGCAACGCUGCGGGCCCACGCAGGACCAGCCGUGCCGCACCCACUUCACAGGGCAAGCCAAGGCUCUUUGAUAUGGCACUGCGAGAUUGGAGCUGGACUCUUCUAGACGGCCACGAUGAUGAUGACACUGAUGAUGACGACGAUGAUGACGAUUUCAUUAUCUGAAACAUUGCGGGGAACAGGGUGGGGGGGUUAGCCGCAUACUGGCCCAAGGGACGUUUGAGCCAUGACAACAGUAAUGCUGUUUGCACCCGAGCGAGCUCCGUGCUCGCUGUGCUGGGUGUGCUCUACGGCCAUUCAAUGCCAAAAGCAGCAAAAGGCACGACGAGGAUGAACAUCGGGGGUGACUCGAUGUGCCGGGGAAAGCGAUAAGCCCCCCCCCCACCCCCGGAAACCUCUCCACCCAUCCCUGGAACCCAGCCAGCGUGAGAACACUCAACACACCCAACGCAGAAUCUGCAAGUAACAUUAUAAAGAUCACCUCCUUUCUAUGCCUGUGUUUUUUUAUUGAUAAGAGGUCCCUAGGUUUAAUCUGGCCCCAUGUGCUUGUGUCAUAAGGUUGUGACACGAGCCACGCACCACCACGAUUGUGAGUGAGUGCGCGGGGUCGUGCUGUACGGAAUCAUUCAGGCACUCCUCCCUUCAGCGGGUUUGACAUUUGAAUAAAAGAUCUUCAUUAAUCAGCCUGUUAUUGAAAGGGACCACCUUGUUUGGCAAUUCGAGUUGAUUGAUCCUCGCAAAAAGUGCCUUAUUAACGAGACGGCUGCAUAGGCGAAGCAGCAAUUAUCGAGCUUUCCGUACGUUGUUUAAAGUAAUCGGCUCACUUCUCUGGUUCAUUUGGCAUUCUUUCGGACUUUUUUGUUAGAGAGUUAAAAUAUUUAUGCCUUUGAUAUAAGUACUUUCAUUCUGCUGUAAUUGCAUUUCUUAAACAAUCUGGAGGAACUUAUUUUGGCAAGUGUGCCAUUACAUAUUUGUAUGUCAUUUUGUGCAAUAAUAACUGUUCAAAGAAAUGAACUUUUGGAGGGAAUUUAUUUGAAUGUGCUUGAGGUUAAAAUAAAUAUAUUCAUGUCACGACCAGGUUAUGAGGGAGAAGACAAUUUCGAGAUUGGUCGGCCCCAGUAAUUAAAUGUAAACGUUACAGCAUAUCGGUAGACUUGGGCAGUCUGAACACUAAUUAUAAUUUUUCGGGAGUAAAAGGAAAAGUUAAUUCAACACACUUUAUUGCUUUUACACUACACUGCAUUAAAAUGUAUAUCAAAAGUACUAACAAACUAUCGAGUAUCGGCCAAAUGAGAAUGUUUGAGAGCUAUGCUCAUUAUCCUCAUUGGUUGAAUUUUGUGCGAAAGGUUGAAAUCGGCAACAGCGGUGAAAUCAUCAUUGCAUGAGUGUCAUAAACUAAGCACUCUAAAUUCUUGACGGCUCAGAAUCAAUUAGAUGUAAAUUCCUAUCACGGCAGCCUUUUCAAGUAGCACGUUAUGGUUUUGUUUGUUGACCUCUUAUCUGACAAAUAUGACUUCCCCACGGUCCACUAAAUCUCAACAGUGUAAAUUUCACCUGUAGUGUUUUAUCUGAUAAUUCCUCAUUAUUCUGUAAAUUGGUUAUGCGGUUAAUUGAGUAGCAGCGGAGUUGGCUGUGUACGCAGUCUGCUGCCAGGUGAAUUUCUGUUAAACCAAGUGUCUUAACGCCUUGCUGGCCCACCUUUAAAGACCUUGCCUCAUUUAAGGAAUAGCGAUGCACUCGUUCUGCACAUUUAUCAAUUACAUUGAGCACUGCCUUUUGGUCUGAGAAAAGGGUCAGCAGAAUCCUUAAGGGCUGCCUUCUUUGCUGCCACAUAAUGAGACCCCAACCCACCCCCUCCAUUAGUCACCAUUAUUUAUGGUCCACCUGCAGUAGCAUAGGCAGGUACAAUAACUAUGCAUGUCAAUGUCAUUUUGUCUUGUCACGUGGCAUUCCACACCUACGCCUUUUCUCUCGAUAGUGGCCUCCGCAAAAGUGUACUUGAACGACUUGUAUGCCUCUUACAUACGGAUCUCCUAUUGAAAGCAAGGUGGUUAGUUGACUCAAAAUUACAAACCUCGGAGGGAAAAUUGGCACAUCAUGGGAAACAUUUCCAUACGGGUAAUUCCAUGGUAACUGGAUUACAAGAAAAAUUGCAAGCAUUGGCUCUUAUACAUCUCACAAUGACCUGCUGUGCAAAAUAAUGUUGAAACUAUAAAAAGCCAAAUUAUGCAUAGGUUACAUUUUCUAAUGAUCAUAUUCUGUAUUUUAUGCUGUAUUUGCAUUACCAUGGAAUUGCCCGAACUAUUUUGGUAAAGUAUUGUAUUGCUCCAUUAUUGGGGAGUGUUUCCAGUUAAUGUUUGUGUUGGGUGACUGAGGCAAGCCUACCAGCAUGUGCACAGUCUUUAAUGUAGUUUCAGCUUUGAAAUGCUGAUGGCUGCAUUUGAUUAAGUAUUUGCGUAUGCACAGAACAGUGCAGGUUUAUCUUGGACCCAAGGGUAUGUGUAUCGGAGAAGCAACAGUAGUGUCUGUUCAAUGCAAUGGAGCACUCCUUGGCGGUUGUGAAUGCAUUAUGUUACAGUAUAUGACGCAAGCAGGCGAAUGUGAAAUGCUGAUUUUAGCAGUCCUAUUGAUUCGUUUCCCUUAAAAAAACAUUCUGAGACGUACUGCGGUUGUGGGUAUUUUUUUUUACUGGAAAGGGGCUAGAAAUGUAUUGAGUUAUUCCCUGUUUGCGAAAGGGUUUUACCUGCAGUAUGGUGCCUUACUGUAUGAGGUUUGUUCUUAGCAUUAUUAGUUAUUACACAGUGGUGCCGUGUCUCUCAAAUUAAUCAACAGGAGCUGCACAUGCACAAGCUUGGUUUCAUUCAACAGAGAAAGCAGAGAUAAGAUAUGCACUGUUUUAAAUGCCGUCAUCUAUGCUAUGGAAUGUAUUAUUUUUGGACGGAAAAACUAUAUAGUUAAUGAUACUGUAUUACGUCGCCUUAUUGCCUUCACCGAUGCAUGCCUGCUUGUUGUUCAGUGUCGUGAACAAGUUGAGGCUUCUUUUAAUGUCACAGACAAAUAAAAUAUUGUGCUUUCCCAUUU